AUGAUCUUGGACACUAUCCUUGCCUCUAAAGGAACAGCCCAAGCAUCUGCUGAGUCUGCUUGUCGUAAUCUGAAUAUUGCUGUUGCAGAUUUGGUAAAGUCUAUUGAGCAAGGAGUUCUCUUAGAGUGGAAUAAUGCUGAGCCUGUGUUGUCAUUGGACAAGGAGUACCAUUCUGCGAUAGAGAGGCAGCCUGAUUCAAGGGUCAUUACACCUGUGGCAAAUCGGUUUCAAAGCUUACCUGCUGAAAACUCUGUAGCAGAUAAUGUUGUUAUGGGCAGUCCAGUUCUUAGCAACCUGGAGGACUUUCCUGUGUUGGAGGCGGUGGUAUUGGGUAAAGGUAAGCAGGGUAAGAAGGACCCAGGGCGCCCUGCAAAACCCAAGAACAAGAAAUGA